AUGAACACCGUUGUUGUGAGCAAGGGUGUUGUUCAUGGCUUGGGCAUUGUUGUCAUGAGCAAGAGCGUUGUUAGAAACGCGAGUGUUGGCGUGGGCAGGAACAUUUUUCAUGGCUCGGACAUUAUUGUCAGGAGCUGGGGUGUUGUUAGAAGCCCGAGUAUUGUCAGGAGCAGGAACAUUGUUCAUGGCUUGGACAUUGUUGUCAAGAGCUGGGUCGAUGUUACAAGCCCAAGUGUUGUCACAAGCAGGAACAUUGUUCAUGGUUCGGGCGUUGUUGUCAAGAGCGGGGUCGAUGUUAGAAGCCCCAGUGUUGGCGUGGGCAGGAACAUUUUUCAUGGCUCGGACAUUAUUGUCAGGAGCUGGGGUGUUGUUAGAAGCCCGAGUAUUGUCAGGAGCAGGAACAUUGUUCAUGGCUUGGACAUUGUUGUCAAGAGCUGGGUCGAUGUUACAAGCCCAAGUGUUGUCACGACCAGGGACAUUGUUCAUGACAGGAAGACUAUCACCAGGAGGAGGGGCGAUAUCCGAAGCCGAAGUGUUGGCGUGAGCAGGGACAUUGUUCAUGGCUGGGGCAUUGUUUCCAAGAGCAGGGGCGCCAUGUGA